GAAACAAAACCAAGUCAUACCAACCACCAUGGAAUUUUUGUCCCAAUGCUUCCUUCUAUUUUGUCUCCAUGUCUCUUCUCUGUAUUGUGCUUCCUCCAUUGCUUUCCCCGAGGAUGGAUCCACAAAGCUGCUCCAUUUUGAGAAAAUUUCUUCAGAGAUGUAUAGUUAUCAUCUUUUUGAGCACCCUAGCUAGUGAAACUCUGUCCCUUGAUGCAAAAUUUGAGGCAUGUGUGCCUCGAUCAUGCGGAAAUGGCCCCAAUGUUAGCUAUCCUUUUUGGAUUUCUCAGGAACAAGAUUCAUUUUGUGGCUGGCCAAACUUUGAGAUCACCUGCAAAGACAAAAGCCCAGUUCUUAUCAUUUCUGAAGAUCACUAUAUCAUCAAAGAUAUAUUCUACAACAACAAUUCAUUGCUUGUGGUCAGUGCUGUGGUCUAUGAAGAAAUAUGUCCAAUUCCUGUGCGAAAUUUUACUCUUCAUCGAACUCCAUUCAGUCUUAGUUCUGAUAAUUUCAAUUUUUCCUUCUUAUAUAACUGCACUAAGCAGCCAGUUUACCCUACAUAUUAUCCAGUAAGUUGUGCUAGCAACGCUUCCCUCCAUUCUUUUGCUGUUUUUGAUAAAGAUGUUUUGGAGUACAUGAACUACUCAUUGAAGUCAUGCCAGUCUUUUGUUAAUGCCCCAAUAUUGGGAAUGGGUAGUAACUGUAAUUUCACUGGUCUGGUGAAAACAAAUUAUUCUGAAAUCUUGAAGAUGGGUUUCCAUUUGAAUUGGACUGCACAUAGUUGCAGCAAUUGUGAGAGCAGUGGUGGGCGCUGUGGAUUUGAUGACCAUCAGUUUAUUUGUUUUUGCCCAGAUAAGCCUCAUUCCAAAACUUGCGAUGAUGUGGCAUUUGAGUGCAGAUUUCUUGUUGAAAUCAAGCAAAUGUUUAGUGUCACCAUCUUAUCUGAUGAUAAUAGAUGGAAAUGGAAACUUGCUAUAGGUCUUGGCUGUGGUUUUUUUGGAGGCCUAGUAACAACAUGCAUUGUGUUCAAAUUCUUCCUUCAGCACAGAAGAGUGCUCAAAUAUGCUCGAUCUUCCUCAGUUACAAAUGAGAUAUCCUCUGCUCCGGCUUCAUUGACUGAUCCUGGGAAAGGAGGUAACUUCCCUGGAGUGCAUAACUUCACCUAUAAUGAACUUGAAGAGGCUACCAAUACAUUUGAUUCUGCCAUGGAACUAGGUGAUGGAGGCUUUGGCACCGUGUAUUAUGGCACACUCCAAGAUGGGCGACCUGUUGCAGUCAAACGCUUACAUGAAAACAAUUACAAAAGAGUGGAACAAUUCUGGAAUGAAGUUGGGAUCCUAGCUCAGGUGCGCCACCGGCAUCUUGUAUUACUUUAUGGUUACACCUCUCGCCACUGCCGUGAACUCUUGCUUGUAUAUGAGUUCAUUUCCAAUGGAACCGUUGCUGACCAUCUUCAUGGUGAACGUGCCAAACGUGCUUCACUUCCUUGGCUCAUUCGUUUGAAGAUUGCCAUAGAGACUGCAAGCGCAUUGACUUACCUCCAUGCUUCUGAUAUCAUCCACCGUGAUGUGAAAACCAACAACAUUCUCCUUGAUGAGAAUUUUUCUGUUAAAGUUGCAGAUUUUGGAAUUUCUCUUUUCUUUCCAAAACUUGUUACGCAUAUUUCUACUUCUCCUCAUGGGACUCCUGGUUAUAUGGAUCCAGAAUAUCAUGAAUGCUGCAAGCUGACAGACAAGAGUGAUGUAUUUAGCUUUGGGGUUGUCUUGAUUGAGCUAAUAUCAUCCAAGCCAGCCGUUGACAUCACCAGGCACCACCAUGAGAUAAACUUGUCUAACAUGGCCAUUGACAAGAUUCAAAACCGAGCACUACACGAACUUGUAGAUCCAACUCUUGGGUAUGAAUCAGAUCAUAAGGUGAAGACAAUGAUAACUGCAGUGGCAGAGGUGGCAUUUCAGUGCCUGCAAGGUGGGAAGGACCUGAGACCAACAAUGGUAGAGGUGUUUAAGGCUUUAAAGGGUAUAGAGAGUGGGGACUACAAUAAUUAAAAGGCAGAAGGGAUGAACGUUGCAAUAGAUGAAGUUGGUGUGCUGCAAAUGCCACUUUCUUUUAGGUUAAUUUCGCUCCCACCAGAUCUGGUAUGCAAAAGAGGAAAACCAAAAUGCCCAUAGGAUAUAAUGAAGUACAUUGUUGAUCUUGCCUUUGCACUAGCAAGAUCAACCAUUGAUCGUCCUUUGGAAAGCGACAAAACAAUAGUUUUUAUACAGGGAUUUCUGUAGCAAUCGCAAUACAAAAAGGGACUAUUUUAUUUAUAGAUGAUAGUAGGGAUUUGUUUCUAUGUUCAAGAGCGGAAGAAGAAGGGAUAACUCUAUAUUUAUAGGGCAAGAUGUCUGUUGGGAAUAGACACUCCUUUUUAGUUUAUUAACUAAAAAUUUUUGAAUUUU